CCACUUUCAGAUCGCUGCGGGCUCGUUCUGCUCCACGCUAUUUCCUGCUGCCUUUGGCGGGGGGCGAGGAUUUCGGCACUUUUCCUGCCACCCCCCUCCACGCCAGGGGUUUCCUGCCUUCCAAACCCUGGUGGGGGGCGACCAAGAUCUCCCACCUAAAUUCAGCUUGGGCAACCCCGGGAGCUGGGCUGGAGCAGCCUCCUUUCCGCCACCCCCUGCAGCCUGGGAUAUGGGGUGUUGAACAGGGGGUGUGCGGGGGCUUUUUUUCUCAGCACCGCCCCCCCAUAUCCGAGAGGAUCGUUCCCCUCCGCCAGGAAGCCUUCUUCUAGGGUGCGUGUGGUGGCGGCGGAGGAGGUGGGGGUGCUGAGAAAGGGGGCGAGCAAGGAGAUCCCGUCUCUUGCCUGCAUUGCAUUGCUGCUGUGCUUCAAGGGGGGUGGGAGGUCCCCCCCCCCAGCUGGCCUCGAUCGUCAUGAUUUCCACUUGGAAAAAGGAGACUUGUAGAAAAGCAUUUCUGUUCAUCGUGUAGACCGCCUGGAGGUCGAGGGGGCUGCUGAUUUUCUUUCCCCCAAACACGUUGGCACACACACAAAAAGUCACCUCACAAGGUGGUCCCGGAGGGACCCCCCCCCCCGCCUCAGUCCGUUUUGCUUUUUUAUUUCUAUUUUUUGCAUUUUCCCUUUUGGACCCCCACCCCGCUGGCUGCCGCAUCUUGCAAGCUGGAUCGCUAUGGAGCUCGAGAACAUCGUGGCCAACACCGUCCUCCUCAAAGCCCGGGAAGGGGGUGGAGGAAAGCGGAAAGGGAGGAGCAAGAAAUGGAGAGAGAUCCUGAAGUUCCCACACAUCAGCCAGUGCGAUGAUCUUCGGAAAACCCUGGAACGAGACUACAGUAGCCUGUGUGACAAACAGCCUAUCGGCAGACUUCUUUUCCGCCAGUUCUGUGAGACUCGGGUGGAACUCCUCCGGUGCAUCCACUUUCUCGAUGCUGUGACAGAGUAUGAGCUUUCCCCAGACGAGAAACGCAAGGAAAUGGGAGAAGAGAUCAUCCGCAGGUUUUUCAAUAGCGAGUCGCUGGAUUAUAUGGUCGAGAUCAGGCAAACCCUUAUGGACGAGUGCAAGGAGAACCUCCAGAGAAGUUCCUGCAAAGAUCUCUUCAGCAACUGCAUGCAACGUCUGCACGAGUACUUGAGUGGCGUCCCUUUCACGAAUUACCAGGACAGCAUGUACUUCGACAGAUUCCUCCAGUGGAAAUACCUGGAGAGACAAUCGGUAACCAAAGACACCUUCAGGCAAUACCGGAUUCUUGGGAAAGGUGGCUUCGGAGAGGUUUGCGCAUGCCAGGUGCGAGCUACAGGGAAGAUGUAUGCUUGCAAGAAACUGGAGAAGAAACGCAUCAAGAAACGGAAAGGGGAGGCCAUGGCUCUGAAUGAGAAGCAGAUCCUAGAAAAGGUCAACAGCCGAUUUGUUGUUAGCUUGGCCUAUGCCUACGAGACCAAGGAUGCUCUUUGUCUGGUCCUCACCAUCAUGAACGGUGGAGACUUGAAGUUCCAUAUCUACAACAUGGGCAACCCUGGCUUUGACAACGAACGAGUCACCUUCUACGCUGCAGAGAUUUGCUGUGGCCUUGAGCAUUUGCACAGGGAGGGCAUCGUGUACAGGGACUUGAAGCCGGAGAACAUUCUCCUUGACGACGAUGGUCAUAUCCGAAUCUCAGACCUGGGACUAGCCAUCAAGAUUCCAGAGGGCGAGACCAUCCGUGGCCGCGUAGGAACUGUUGGCUACAUGGCUCCUGAGGUGAUCAACAACGAACGCUACUCCUUCAGUCCAGAUUGGUGGGGGCUGGGCUGCCUCAUCUAUGAGAUGAUCGAGGGCCAGUCGCCCUUCCGGGCCCGCAAGGAGCGGGUUAAACGGGAGGAAGUGGAGAAGCGGGUGCAGGAGGACCAGGAGCAGUACUCGGAGAAGUUCUCAGAAGAUGCCAAAGCCAUCUGCAAGGCGCUCCUGACUAAAGACCCCAAGCACCGGCUUGGAUGCACGGCAGGUGGAGCAGUCCAAGUGAAACUGCAUCCCUUCUUCAAGACCAUCAACUUUAAGCGGCUGGAAGCAGGCAUCAUGAAACCCUCCUUCGUGCCAGAUCCCCGGGCCGUGUACUGCAAAGACGUGCUGGACAUUGAGCAAUUCUCCACGGUGAAGGGAGUCAACUUGGACCAAACUGACAAUGACUUCUAUGCUAAAUUCACCACCGGCAGCGUCUCCAUCCCCUGGCAGAAUGAGAUGAUCGAGACUGAAUGCUUUAAAGAUCUAAAUGUCUUUGGACCAAACGGCACCCGUUCCCCAGAUCUGGACUGGAAGCAGCUCCCCGAUCCUCCCAAACGUAGCCUGUUGCAGCGGCUCUUCCGACGAAAUCCGAGUGACUUCACCAUCAGCACCAACGCACACUCCAACCUGUCAGCGGCUCCCUCACCAGGCCGGCCCAUGGCACAGGCUCCUUCCUGACCCUUGACUCGGAGGCCCCAUGGAGCCAGUGCCUUUUUGUUGCCUUCUCAGGGUUGCCUUAGACACAAAACAGACAUUAAGACAUCCCUAUCUUGCUGGGCUCUGUUACUGGCUAGUAACUGGAGAACAGCCUUUGGAGCAACAGGGUAGCUGAGCCUGCUAGCCAGAAACUCUCACCGCCUCCCAGGGUCAACGUGGACUGUGGCUCAGGACUCUUGUUUGACUUUGUUCCCAGGAGACUGGGCUGCUUUUGACCAGGAUGUUCCUUCCUCUUUUGCACUCUGAUCCAGUGGAGGCCUGCUUGAAUCCAGGUCACGGCUGCUGUUUGUUCUCUCUCUACCAAGACACAGAGGCCUUCGUCGGCAGCAUCACACUUUCGGUUGUGAUGGUUUGCGGGAGGAAGGGGGGGUUGUUCCUUGGAGAUGUGUUGAAGGGAGAACAAAGAUGGGCAGGAGGAAUGAUAGCUGAUGGCAAAUGGUGACCCAGAAACAGAGGGGUCCUGCCCCCUUGCAGUGGAGAUAGGGAUGCCCCAUUUAGUCACACCCUUUGGGUUCCACCAAGGGUUUUCAGGAAUAGCCUCCCUUUUUUCCAAACCAGAGUCUGGGCCGUCUGUUAAAGAAAGGGAGAGCCUUAGGGCCACUUCCAGCAUGGGGCGAGGUCAAAGGUGGCCAAUUCUAGGUGCCAUGUAGAGAGAAGCACCUGUGUGGGAGUCCUUCGUCGAGAGGACUGGCAGGAAAAGGACCCCCGGGCUGAGAUUAGCCUUGGGCUGCACUUCGGAGCUGAUCAAGAGAAUAAGAAAAAGGGUCAAUCGAGUGAGUGGCUUUUGAGCGAUCACCUCCCAUGAUCUCCAGCUUGCAAGUAGAGCUCAUUUUUUAUUUUUUCCACCUGCUAUAUUAUUUUAUGCUGACUAGCUCUCACCCUUACUAUCUCCUGUUCUUCCCCUCUUUCUUUUGAUUUCUCCCUUUCCUGUAGUGGUUAAAAGCAGGUGCACUCUAAUCUGGAGAACUGGGUUUGAUUCCCCGCUCUGCCACUUGAGCUGU